AUGCCCAGCCCGAGAGGCCCUGCAGCCGCACAUGGCCAAGCGGUGCUCGACAUGCAGGGCUUUGCUGCUCCCAGUGGUCUCCGGCCAGUGUCUCCACAGCCGCGGUCUCCGCAAACGGGCGUGUCCGAGGACAGUGCAAGACACCGAAGGCGUCCCAGCCCAGGGUCAAGCCCGGAGACGGAGCAGACGGUUCAGGACACCACAGAGCUGGCGGAAAAAGUCGCAGAGCAGGUGGCGAAGUCGCUCAUGCCGGCUCUGAAGAGCCAAAUGGAGGCUCUUCGACCGAAGUCGGAACCGAGGGCGAUGAUUCCUUUGGAGGCGGUUGACCGCGUGUCCGAUGGCGUGGCGAUGGCUUUAGGCAACAGGCUCCAAACCUUGGAGGAGCAGAUGGCAGAGGUGGCUGCGCUGGCCCCCCUGCUUGCAGGGCUCCGACCCCUGCCGACGCUGGACAUGAAGGAGCUGCAAUCGCCUUUCGACAAAGUGGAGCUGCAAGAGUUUGUCGGCCUGCUUACUGCCACAGGACAGCAGUGGGAGCAUGCUCUUCCCCCACUCGGGCUCAGGCAGUGUCGGGGCUUCUGA